AUCACAUUCGGAUCAAGGGUGGGAUGGUAUUCAAUGAAUCGGGCGCAUUUAGUAUUCAAAUCCAUCGAAGCAUGGUUGCUUAUUCCUGAACUCUGUGAAGCCCAUCCCCCGUUUAGUAUUUUGUGUAUAAGUCGAGGAAAUACGAAUAGGUAUCAAACGGGAAUACUUGUGGCGUCGCUAGCUCUCCGGCUUGCAGGGGUACAACAAUUUCGAAGAAGGAUUUGAAUUCGUGAUCAAGGACCACGAUGGCCGAGCGAGCUCACCCGGACCUGUUUCGCCCUGUUCCUCUGGACAAACAGACCAAUAUUCUCCAGGGAAAAGGGGGCAUUCGUGUAUCCCCCAAGAUCAACUGCACGUCAGAGAAGGACUUCAACUGUGACGAACUUACACUAGAUGGUCAUGCGAAAACGGUAUACGAAGGAUUCUUACGGGGAGAAAGAGUUUCAAAUGACGGUCCUUGUUUAGGAUGGAGGGCCAGCGGAUCUCAACCAUACCAGUGGAUGUCUUACAGUGAGGUUCGAAGGAAGGCGCAAUAUUUUGGGUCUGCGCUAGUUGAGAAGGGGUGCGAUCCAUCCAACGAAACUAAAAUCGCAAUUUACAGCCAAAAUAGACCUGAGUGGGUGAUCGCCGAUUUGGGAUGUAUGACAUACUCUAUGGUGACUGUUCCUCUGUACAGUACAUUAGGACCAGAGGGUUAUGAACACAUUAUCAAUCUAACUGAAGUGAGGCUCAUCGUCGUCGAUACUCAUGAAAAGGUUGCUAGUUUACUAGAUCAGUGCUCAAAAUUACCAACCCUCAAGCACAUGGUUGUCAUGGAAACACCAAUCACAGACGAGAUCACAGAAAAGGCGGGAAAAAUGGGCGUUGACCUAAUCGCUUAUGAUGAUUUCCUUGCAUCAGGCGAGAGGAACUUGAAAGAUCCCGUUCCCUGCAAUCCGGAUGAUGUGGUUGUAAUUCGAUUCACAAGCGGUACAACAGGUAUUCCUAAAGGAGCCAAGAUGACACAUGCUAAUAUUAUGGCUAGUGCAACUAACGUGUAUAUAGCAACACGGGACUCCUUCUCGUACGACCCUGGAUAUCGCUAUAUAUCUUAUCUUCCUCUUGCGCACGGUCUCGAACAUUCUGCACAGGCUUUGUUAUUUCACUCCGGGUGCUCAGUUGGAUUCUUCCGCGGUGAUCUGAAAGAGUUGGUCAAUGACAUCCAAGUACUCAAACCGGAACUAUUUGUUGUCGUUCCACGGCUCGCGAAUAAGCUUUACGACAAAAUUAUGGCGAAAAUAAACGCAUCAUUUGUGAAGAGGGCGCUGUUCAGAUGGGCUUUCAACGCUAAGAAGAGAGACGUAGACAGGGGGAUAUUCAGUAAGAAUACCUGGUAUGACACGAUCGUGUUUGGGAAGAUACAGGCUCUACUAGGUGGCCAACUCGAAUGGAUUGUCACUGGAAGUGCCCCUAUUUCUGACGAGGUUCUGACUUUCCUUAGGGUUGUCUUUGGCUGCCCGGUUACUGAAGCAUACGGCCAAACGGAAGCAACUUGUGGAGCGACCUUAACCCUGCCCAAUGAGACCGCGAGUGGCCAUGUCGGGUCUCCCUUACCCAACGUCAUGAUCAAACUAGUCGAUGUUGAAGAAAUGGGGUAUCUUGCAUCCCAAGACAAAGGGGAGAUUUGCAUGAAGGGUUCAUGUGUGUUCAAGGGAUAUUUCAAGAAUCAAGAGAAGACCGAUGAAGCUAUUGAUUCUGAUGGUUGGUUACAUACUGGUGACAUAGGGGAAUGGCUACCAAACGGUGCACUGAAGAUCAUCGACCGCAAGAAGAACAUAUACAAGUUAUCCCAGGGUGAAUACGUUGCUCCUGAGAAAAUCGAAAAUGUCCUCAUGAGAAGUCCUUUGGUCGGACAGGUUUUCGUUCACGGGGAAAGUCUCCAGUCCUACAACAUUGCCGUCAUUGCUCCGGAAGAGGAAGAACUCAAGAAAUUCGCAGAGAAUAACGACAUCAAAGGCAAGGUAGAAGAACUAUGCGAGAAUGAGACCGUUCGGAGGGCUAUCCAGGCGGACAUUGAUAAACAAUGCACUGCUGCAAAGCUAUGUGGCUUCGAGAAGGUGAGAAAAUUCAUCCUUCAUCCAGAGCCAUUCUCCGUCGAGAACGGACUUUUGACGCCGACAUUCAAAAAUAAACGAAACGUCAUCAAGGCCAUGUUUAAAGAGAAGAUAGAUCAACUUUACUCGGAAAACUAGAAAGUACAAUGUCAUGUGUUUAAAGAGAAGAUAGACCAACUUUAAUCAGAAAACUACAAAGAAAAUACAAUAUUAUGUAGUCCAUAUUAGACUGUCACGCUGCUAGUUCGUUGCUGUUUUAAAAUCUUGGGCGAGAUACUGUCCACACAACAUUAUUGGUUAAAAACUUUCAUCCAACUCUGGGUAGAUAUAGAAACCAACGCUUUACGGUUUUAAUCCAAUGCAAAAAAAAACAUUUGUUGGGUAGAUUUUGACCAAUAUUUUUGUGAAGAGUAAUAAUGUUACCAAGUAUUGGUUAAAAGUUUUGACCAAGUUUUACAGAGUGUAUUCAGCAGAUGGUCUAAUUCGCAUAUUAUUUAUGUAACACCAUCAUGGGAAGUUCACCCUGACACAAAGGUUAUUGUAAAUAUUGGCGAAGGUUUGAGAAAAAUCCAUCACAGAAUUAAAAAGUUAUUAGAAUUGUAAUUAUUUGAUUUUUGACGUCACUUGCGAGCAGCAUUCCUACAGAGCGAAUGGUAAAAAAUCAAUGAAAUGCCAUUUUCUUAGAAAAUUGAAAAUGGUAUUACUGUACCUUUUGUAUAUCAAGAGACAAAUCAUUACACACCCGAUCUUGAACAGAAAACAAAAAUAAGUCAAAAGGAACCAUUAAAAAAAAAAAGAGAUUCAUGCAUUUUAUAUUACAUGACGUAUGGGGCAGCUGCUCGUUUAUGACGUCACAAAUCCAAAACUUAAAAUUAUAAUAACUUCCUUAAUCUAUAACGGAUUUUUCUCAAACCUUCACC